AUGGAAGAAUAUGAGGUGUGGAAAAAUGUAAUCUGGUUCAGACAGUUUAUCCCAAGGCAUGCAUUCAUUUUAUGGUUGGUAGUUCAGGAAAAACUGUUAACUCAAGAUAAAAUGGUUAUUUGGAAGCAGAAUGCAGAGUAUAAAUGUGUAUUUUGUAAUGAGUUUGCUGACAGCCAUGAGCACCUCUUCUAUAAAUGCAGAUAUAUAGGAGAAAUAUGGAAGCUACUAAGCCAAAGAUUCUAUCAAAUGCAGCAGGUGGACAGUUUGCAUGAAGUGAUCAGAAUUUUAGCCAGAGAUAAGGAAAAUAACAAUUUAGGAGUGGUGGUGAAUAGAAUUAUGGUGGUUGCUGCUGUAUAUUAUAUUUGGCAGGAAAGAAAUGCUAGGAUAUUCAGAAGUCAAGAGAGGAAUAAGGAGGGAUUAAGCCAAAUUAUAAGGGACAGUGUUAGAACUCAAUUAUUGUCCAUCAAAGUGAGGAAAACUAGAAAUGUAGAACAAAUUGCAGAUAUGCGGGGAGCUGAAAUGGAAGGGUAA